UCAUCAAGCAAUAGCAAUUCCAGGAGAGGCUCCGGACCUGGGUCCUUGUCCUGGGCCAUCUGCCGGUGACACCUCCCGUCCUGUAACCUCCUGGACGGCCCCACCUUGCAGAAGGGCAGCCCCUCGGCCAGCCCAGGAGCUCAGCAUGUGUCCCCCGGGUGUCGGGAGUUUCUUGCUGCUGGCAUCCUCUUUGCUCUUUGCUGGGCUCUCCGCAGUUCCUCAAGGCUUCUCUCCUUCUCUGAGAAGCUGGUCGGGCGCCCCCUGCAGGCUGUCCCGGGCCGAGUCGGAGCGCAGGUGUCGUGCCCCCGGGCAGCCCCCAGGGGGCGCGCUGUGCCACGGCCGAGGCCGCUGCGAAUGCGGAGUCUGCAUCUGCCAGGUGAGCGAGCCCGGCACCUACCUUGGGCCGCUGUGCGAAUGCCACGAGUGGGUGUGCCAGACCUACGACGGGAGCACCUGUGCAGGCCACGGCACUUGUGACUGUGGGAGAUGCAAAUGUGACCUUGGCUGGUCUGGGGAUGCAUGCCAGUACCCGACGAAUUGUGAGCUGACAAGGAAAAAAAGCAACCAAAUGUGCAAGAAUUCUCAAGACAUCAUCUGCUCGAAUGCAGGUACAUGUCACUGUGGCCGAUGUAAGUGUGAUAAUUCAGAUGGAAAUGGACUCGUUUAUGGUAAAUUUUGUGAAUGUGAUGAUAGAGAAUGCAUAGAUGAUGAAACAGAAGAAAUUUGUGGAGGCCAUGGGAAGUGUUACUGUGGAAACUGUUACUGCCAGGCUGGUUGGCAUGGAGAUAAAUGUGAAUUCCAGUGCGACAUCACCCCCUGGGAAAGCAAGCGAAGAUGCACAUCUCCAGAUGGCCAAGUCUGCAGCAACAGAGGGACGUGUGUGUGUGGGGAAUGUUCUUGCCAUGACGUUGACCCCACGGGAGACUGGGGUGACAUUCAUGGGGACACUUGCGAAUGUGAUGAGAGGGACUGCAGGCCUGUCUAUGACCGUUAUUCUGAUGACUUCUGUUCAGGUCAUGGGCAGUGCAAUUGUGGAAGGUGUGACUGCAAGGCCGGCUGGAUUGGGAGGAAGUGUGAACAUCCACGAUCCUGCCCACUCUCUGCAGAGGAAAGUUCCAGAAAGUGUCAGGGGACCUCUGACCUGCCUUGCUCUGGAAGGGGCAAAUGUGAAUGUGGCAAAUGCACUUGCUACCCCCCGGGAGACGGCAGGGUCUAUGGCAAGACCUGCCAGUGUGACGACCGGCGCUGCGAGGACCUGGAGGGUGUGGUCUGUGCAGGCCACGGCACGUGCUCCUGUGGUCGUUGUGUUUGUGAGAGAGGUUGGUUUGGCAAGCUCUGCCAACAUCCGAGGAAAUGUAACAUGACAGAAGAACAAAGCAGGAGUCUGUGUGAAUCAGCAGAUGGCAUCUUGUGCUCGGGGAAGGGUUCUUGCCAUUGUGGAAAGUGCAUUUGUUCUGCGGAAGAGUGGUACAUCUCAGGGGAAUUCUGUGAUUGCGAUGACAGAGACUGCGACAAACACGACGGUCUCAUUUGCACAGGGAAUGGAAUAUGUAACUGUGGAAACUGUGAAUGCUGGGAUGGAUGGAAUGGAAAUGCAUGUGAAAUCUGGCUCGGCACAGAAUAUCCUUAAAGCGUUCUAUGGGAGAGGACUGGGUUCUUAUAUUCCGGGCCAUUUUAGGACAUAGAAGUGCAGAAGAAACCAUGUAUAAUCACCACUAGGACAAAUUUGACAGGCCAUUGUAUGUUCUUGCUAUUUCUGACUGCCUCAAUGAAAUCUGGGUAUCCAUUACAAACAUGUUUAGCCAAAUAGCACAAGAGUUGUGAUAAAUAACACGAGAGUUGUUUUCCCCACCUAAUAUUAGUAGCUCUCAGGAAGGCCAUUGUCGCCCACAAGAGAUUUGUCAAUGGCUAUAGACAAUUUUGAGUGGAGGGGGGUAAGGGGCAAUAUUAUGAGAACCUACUGGGUAGAACCCAUGGAUGGUGCUAGAUGCCCCACAACACACAGGGUGCCCCUCACAAACAAGAUCUUUCUCUGAUCCCAGUUGAUGGUGCCUGAAUAUAAAAGUCUUCUGGAAAUACAUACUAGAAUCUAGAGAAAAGAUAUAUUCUCCCACAAAUAUAUCAAUUAGAUGUUUUCAGUACAUAUCACCAGCAUUUCCAUUUAGGGACAGUGAACACACACACACACACACACACACACACACACACACUCAUGCAUGCACGCGCACACACAAGCACACAUGAUGUGAGGUUGAGUUGGACUGAUCACCAGAUGAUGAGUGCUUCAGAAAGGAAAAGACAGGUUGGUUUCCACUUUCAUUUGCCUGAUUCUUAUGCUAAACCACAAAAGAAGAGCCUCUUAAGAUACGUGAUGAAAUUUUGGAAAAUAUACAAUUUACCAUCUUUAAAUAAAUAAAUUGUUCAUAUUCUACGUCUCUGUAUCUACCUA